AUGGACAGAGCAGAAAGCUAUCUAGCACUCGACGGAUAUCUACUUGAGCGCAAAGAAAAUGGAGAAUAUAAAGUCGCGUCAUGGCAGAGAGUUAAACGACGCAUGUCCAAACAACAACAAGAUCGGUUCAAGAACUACGAAUUCAUAGAAGUUGAAAGAUACAAAGAUUAUGACACGGAUCUUUUCCCAUGUAAUUCUGGAGCUCUAUUUGAGUUGGUAGCGAACGAGAUCCACUUCUUUUACGUCGAUCCUGCUAGUAACGUGAAGAAGGUUACCACCACUAGAACAAAGUCUCAACUUUCUAAAAGUGCGGUACGCGAGAACGUUGUGCCUAUUGUAUUCAAAGGAAACAAGAAAAAGUACCUCUAUCUGGAGUAUGACGACGCUGAAGUCAGCCGUCAGCUGGGAGAGGAGAGGUGGAGCCUUAAAGUUGAAGAGGAGAGCCAGGAACUCAUGCUCGCAACUGAGCGGUGUAACAACGUGGUGUACAAACAUCUUGGUGCAGACCUGCUUGUGUUUUGCGAGAGGGAUUUGCAAGCACUACGUCGUUUCCACGCAUUCAGAGGUGAGUACAACGCCACAUGCAAGCGUGUGUGCCACGCUGUGUACAAAAUGUCAAGAGAUCGCAAAAUGCUGCGCUAUAGAGCAACAAGGACUUUUCGAAGGCCUCAGGCAGGCGAGUCACUUCUCAAGACGCUGCUAGGAAAAAAGCAUCAACACAUAUUCACUCUACUUUGCGCCUUUUCUCUAUAUGAUUCUCAACAUUAGAGAAUUUCCUCUUUUAAUGGGGUGUUUUGACGACGAGGAAGACGUGUACGACGAAGUCGAGCUUCGGGAUGAUCUUUCGGGCGAGGUUAGAGUCGAACAAAUCUCGCGUAUUUUCAGCAGGAUGCUAAAGGAUGAAGACGGACUGGGUGCAGUUUUGGAAGUCAUAGUGCGACUCACAGCGUUUGACGUCGGAGCAGAGGUGAGAAGAAGUGAGCAAGAAGAGGAUGAAGGUGAAGAUGAAAUAUCCGAGGAUGAGAGCGCUGAGGGUACACAGAGAUCAAAUUCAAACUUGUGUCACCCCGCACUACAGCCCGCUCGGAGGGUGAGGAGGCUUUUAAGACGGAAUCAAGUUUUUUGUGUGUAUGCUGUGCUCUGCACCAAGUGGAAUUUGCCCGGCGGAUUCAAACCUAAGUGGGAACACCUAGAAAGCGCUUCAUCGUAGAAAGUGCUUGUCAACCUAAAUCUCGAAAAAUGGCAUUUUGCGAAGCUAAACAUGUCAGCUUUACAAUGUUUUGCAAAGCUAGACAAUAAGAAUGUGGGUUUUCGCAAACCUAACAUGUUUAGGUUUGCAAGAGAGCAUGUGACCUGUUAUACCCAAAUAGGAAAUGUGAUGACCGCCUAUUUAGGUAGUUUUGCUGGGGUUGCAUGCCGAGCCCUCAGGAUGUUGGAGGGAUGGUUUUGGAAGAUCGAAGUCUAACUGUUUCCGAGAACAAGGUAAAGAAUCGCCGGUCACCGCUGAUUUGAUUCCUGAGUAUGCAAAGAAACGACUGCUGCCACUAAGCGGGAAAGCACUUGCUGCUCUUCAAGAGAUUAACCAGGGCCACCCCCCAGUAUGUGCUUUACUUUCUGGCCGUACUGCGACAAAUGCAGAUACAUUUACUGGGUCCGCAGUGCGACAAUUUUACUCCGGCGCGCUGGAAGUUUGUGGAGGGAAUGGGAAUGGAUCAGAACCCUUCAGCUCAGGAAGUCACUUUCAGAGCUCUGUGUCGAUAUGUUUUUCUCAACACUGGUAAGGGACAAAUGGUUGCGUUCAGAGCGUUUGAUAAGUAUCUACGUCGCAAGUACCCAACGACAUUCAGUUGCAAGCUAAGCUUCCAGCAAUUACGCCAGGGUAUGGUUGCAAUAUCAAGAACGUACGUGAACAAGAAUGUGACCACGGACCUGUACGAAUCGAUGGUACAAGAGAUUAUGUUUGGCCAUGCACCAAGUGGAAUUUGCCCGGCGGAUUCAAACCUAAGUGGGAACACCUAGAAGGCGCUGCAUCGUAGAAAGUGCUUGUCAACCUAAAUCUCGAAAAAUGGCAUUUUGCGAAGCUAAACAUGUCAGUCUUUACAAUGUUUUGCAAAGC